CUAUCAACAGAUGUCAAACGGGAAGGUUCUAGCUGUGAUGGCUUAUCAACAAAUAAGAAAAUAAACAACCACAAGCCAACAGGAUUCUGCUCUGCAAGGAAUCUCGCUCGCAAUGGUACAAACCAUUUGGACGAAUCAGUUCGAAUUUGUUGCUCCUUGGAAUUGGUCAAGUUGGAAGCAAUUGAGCUUAGCGACGUGGCAAAAGUCUUCGGAUACAUGCAACAUAUCAUAUAAAAGAAUAAACGCAGUGAAAUAUUGAACUAACUUCAUAAUGUUUAGACUGCCCAAAGGAAGUUUGGAAAGAUACAAACAGUUCGCAAAACACCAUGAGAAAUUGGGUGGACUAAGUGUUGCGUUUUCGAAACGAGAUUCGUCCACCGAAGUGAAGCUUCCGGAAAGUGCUGAUGUUGUGAUAAUCGGGGGAGGUUCCGCCGGAUGCAACACAUUGUAUCAGCUGACGAAACGAGGAGUUCAUGCCAUUCUGCUGGAACAAGCGAAACUGACGGCGGGGACCACCUGGCAUACAUCCGGCUUAGUAUGGAGUUUGAGACCGAAUGACGUAGAGAUCAAUCUACUAGCUUCCACGAGAAAACUUUUGGCGACAUUGGAGGAAAAGACCGGCUAUAAUUCAGGAUGGAUCAACAAUGGAGGCCUAUUCAUUGCACACUCGGAUGUACGGCUACAAGAAUACCAACGAUUAGCUACGCUUGGAAAAUGCUUUGGGAUCGAAAGUCAGAUUCUAACUCCGAACGAGGCGCAAAAGUUGUUCCCACUAUUAGAUCCCGAAUCGUUCACUGGAGCUUUAUACUCUCCAGCAGAUGGACUUGUAGAUCCUGCGAUGAUGUGUACAGCGUUAACUAAAGGAGCAGUGGCCAAUGGAGGAAGAAUUAUCGAAGAUUGUCAAGCAACCAAAAUAGUAACCGGAGAGAAUCUAUUAGGAACCAAAGAUGUACGAGGUGUUGUAACUAACCAAGGUACGAUCAGAACUAAUACAGUGGUGAACGCCACCGGAGUGUGGGGAAGGGAUUUGAUUGAGCCGCUAGGUGUUCACCUUCCUUUGAUUCCGAUGAAGCACGCUUACGUUAUUUCGGAGACCAUGGACGGUGUCCACCAAAUGCUGCCAAACAUUCGUGAUCACGACUAUUCGUUAUACUAUCGAAUUCAAGGAAAAUCCAUGUGUCUAGGAGGUUAUGAAAGUAACCCAGUUCUGCUUAAUAAGGUUCCAGAAGACUUCCACUUUGGAUUGUACGACCUUGAUUACUCGGUUUUCGACACCCACAUUCAAGGAGCGGUCAAACUUACUCCAGAAUUUGGCAAAGCGGGUAUUAAAAGCACUAUCUGUGGACCGGAAUCGUUUACUCCCGAUCACAAACCGUUGAUGGGUCCAGAUCCCAUCAUAAACGGUCUAUUCCAUAACUGUGGUUUCAAUUCGGCAGGAAUGAUGUUGGGAGCAGGCUGUGCUGAACAGCUAGCCCAAUGGAUCAUAAACGACAGUCCCGACUUACACAUGUUUGCGUAUGAUGUGCGAAGAUUCAGCCCGAAACAAAGAAAAGCUUUGAAUUGGGCAACUGAGAGAAGCCACGAAGCAUAUGCGAAAAACUACAGUAUUGUGUUUCCUCAUGACGAGUCUCUUGCUGGCAGAAAUUUUACUGUGGAUCCCUUCCAUAAGCAAAUGAUCCAAUAUGGAGCCGUAAUGGAAGAAAGACAUGGCUGGGAGCGCCCCGGCUAUUUCUUACCAGAGGACACGGUGGUCGUCCAACCAUACGACUGGUACGGAUACUACGAUUAUCCUAAAAAUGCUAACACAAACUAUGAGGAAACUCUAAAGAAAGACUAUACUUUCGGGUUCCCGGAACAUCAUGAUCUGAUUGGAGAAGAAGCUCUAACAUGUCGACAUGAUGCAACCAUCUUCAAUCUGAGCUACUUCUCUAAAUUGUUCCUUACUGGUAGUCAAGCGAAGGAAGCUGUCGAGUGGAUAUUUACUGCUGAUUUGAAUAAACCUGUCAAUAAGACCAUAUACACAUGCGCUUUGAACAAAUCUGGCGGCGUUGAAUCUGACGUCACCGUCAGCAUUAUUGAGUCUGGUCAAGGAGAACUUCACGACCCCAUUUUCAAGGGUCGUGGAUAUUAUAUCGUGGCGGGUGGAGCAUCUGCAUAUCACACAAAAUCGCACAUUUGGGCAGCAAUUCAGGAGAAAGCUCUGCGAGCUGUCGUGACUGACCAAACCGAUGUAUUGGGAGUCCUAUCGAUCCAAGGACCGAAGAGUCGAGAAAUCUUGCAAAAAAUAACCGACUUUGAUCUGAACGAUGAUAACAAAUUACCACCAAACUCGAACGCAGUUCUGAGUAUCAAAAUUAAUCCGUUCUACUCGUGCAGUGUGAGAGUUUUAAGAGUUAGCUUUGUUGGGGAGCUUGGAUACGAAUUGCACAUACCGGAAGAAAGCUGCAACGAUGUUUACAAUGCAUUGAUGAAAGCCGGAUACAAGGAUGGGCUGCGCAAUGCAGGCUACCGAGCACUUUACUCAUUGAGCAGCGAGAAGGGGUACCAUUUAUGGGGUUCGGAUUUGCGUUCUGAUGAUACGCCGGUAGAGGCAAACCUGGGAUUCACCUGUAGGAAGCAUGGCGACUAUCAGGGUCGUGUCGUUGUCGAAAGACAACUACAAAACGGAGUAAACAAACAAUUAGCGUUCUUCACAUUGAAUGAACAGGUUUCGAUUUGGGGGUUGGAAGCUGUCUAUCGGAAUGGAGAACUUGUUGGACACCUUCGGCGAGGCGAGUAUGGCUACACAUUACAUAAACCAAUCGGACAAGCGUAUGUUACCCGAAAAGACGGAGACUACGUUACAAACGAAUACAUCAAAAGCGGUCGAUACCAAAUUGAGAUUAUGGGCAAACUCUACAACGCCGAAUGCCACCUGAAAAGCCCGUUUGAUCCCAAAGGCGAACGAAUAUUAGGAAUCUAUAAAUAAAUUUUAUUGCUAACGUA